AUGGGUAAAAAUAAGAUGAUAGCUAAGAGCUGCCCUAAAUGUGAAUUACAGGUAGCAGUAGCUUCCAAGUCAUGCAAAUGCGGUCACACAUUUUUUGCAUCCAGACGUGGUGCAGAUUCAUUACCAGCAGUUGAGGAUAUGAAAAGACGAACAGGUCGUGUAAAAAGAGGACAGACACAAUUCUAUGAUGCUCAACGCUAUGAAAAACAAAAGAGGAAGUCACCUAAGAAGCGCUCUAUGGAUGAUGAUUAUAAACAGGACAAAAAUGAAUCAACAACUUCUCGGACCCGACGGCGUCGUGCCUUGCGCAGGGCAACGAAGCGUUUGCCCCACCAAUCUGAUCGGACACGAGACCCUACGCCUCAGUUAAAACCUGCGCAGAUAGCCAGAUGUCAACUAAUUCUAUCCGAGAUUAACAGGAAGAUGCGAGCUGUGACCUGGCAGCCACCAACUGAUUGA